AUGAGUCUUGCACGGCCGGCAAAAUGUCUGCUGUGCAGCUUCUCCCGUGCUGCCGCGCCAGGCACGCGAGUUGCUCGUCGCCAAUUCCACUCGACUCCUGCGAUUCUAUCGAACCGGAAAUCGAAAUUCCCCAAUAUUAAAGCUCCUUCAACCUCUACAACCCCCGAAAACUUCCAAUCCUACACAAAGGAGGAGAAGGAGGCCCUUGCGAAGGAGUACUCCGAGGCUCAGAUUAAGGCCAUCGAGGCCGGUGAAGCAUCCAUUGAUCCCAAGGAUAUGGCCGAACAGUUCCGUCCCCGCGAUGACCCAUUGAAAUUCAAAUAUCUGGAUGAUUUCUCCGUUGUCGAGCCCGGCAUUGACCACCACGUGCGAGCCCCCGAGUCAAACACAGACUACAACUUCAAACUUAGAAACGACGACGAUUUCGUGGAGGACUUUGGUCGCUUUUUCGCCGAGAUGCCCGAUAACGCUACUGGUCUUGAUUAUAUGCGAUUCGCCAACUCUCUGCGAUUGACACACGGCAAGGAAGAGAACGAGUUGAACCCGAACAGCUCUAUGGUUCCUGAUCUUUUUGGACCUGGAGAGACCGUUGACGAGCCCCGUGUGGAGGAGCAGCUUACCGCCUCAGAGAGAGGUGAAAAGGAGCGUUCAGUUGCUGCUGAGGAGUUGACAGAUGCUUUGAAGAGCCUUCUCCUGGCUACAGGAUACACUGCUAGCCAAAUUAACGAGUUCCGAAUCAAGACUCUUGUUAUGCACAGCGUUGUGAACCAGACUCGUCUUGGUAAGGUGCGCCGUGCUUACCGUUUAUCCAUCGCUGGAAAUGGCAAUGGUCUGCUUGGAAUUGGUGAGGCUAAGUCCGAGGAACCUACCGAUGCAAAGAUCCAGUCGCAGUACCGUGCGAUUCGCAACAUGCAACCAAUUCCCCGAUACGAGAACCGCACCAUCUUUGGUGAUGUCAAGGCUAAGGUUGGAGCUGUAGAGUUGGAAUUGAUGCACCGCCCUCCAGGUUUCGGUCUCCGUGCCCAAUCCCUGAUUUAUGAGAUGUGUCGUGCGGCCGGUAUUCAUGAUAUCUCUGCCCGAGUCAACCGAUCGAGAAACAAGAUGAACGCUGUCAAGGCCGCGUAUGACGCGCUUAUGAGCCAACGUGACCCUGAGGAGGUUGCUCGAGCCCGUAACCGCAAGAUGGUCGAUGUGCGCAAGGUGUACUAUGCAGGCAGAGUCUAG